GUAGACUCGUUUGGUCAUGCAUUUCUGUACAAUAGUAAUCUUCGAACUGCUACUGGUCCACGUUCCUGGACAGGUUUCGUGGGUCCUAAUCGAUCUAGAAGAUGGGGAGACAGACGACGGGAUUAGCACUCAAGCAGUUUAUGUGUUCAGAAUGCAGACGUCUGGAGAAUUUGAAUGUUUAUCGAGCAUCAUACCUGAAUGUACGCUCAAGUACAUAAGACAUCCAAGUGACGAUCUCGAGCUUUGUCAAGUAAUUACUGUCUUCAAACCUAAUAAUCGAAUAUAUGAACUAAGGUGCAGAAGGAGAAAAGAGCUUUUGCAUGAAGGAGACUGGAUCAAGAAAACACUGAAUGACUUCAUCAUCGCGAACAACACUUCCGCAGGAGAUGCAAACAUUGCUGGCUGUGUGGGUGACAGAUUAAAAGAGAUAGACCUUCCUGAGAUCCCAACCACGACCACAACCACCACAACUGUUACGACCUUGAUUUCUACGACACAAGAAGAGCGAAAGGAAGAAAAAGGUGGUAAAAAGCAGGAAAACGAAAAGAAGCAGAAAAGACUGUCAUUUCUACUCUUAGUGGGUAUGAUAGCGAUCUUCGGUGUUGUGGCACUGAUUACGAUGAUCUUCGCUGUCUAUAGAAAAGUAUUACUAGUUGUGAUUUAA